AUGGCAUCAUCAUCGAGAAGGCCACUAUCUAACACAGAGGCUGCUAAAGCAUCCAGGGCUCAAAGAAAACUAGUCAAGACAGUAAGAGAAGAAAUAGAAAGUAUUAGAUAUGAAUUGUCGGAUCUCGAAAAAAAAUUAGAGAUUAGCGAAAAUAAUAACCAGCAUUUACUCGAAAUUAACAAAGACUUUAGAGAGUAUAUUAAAUCAAUGAGCAAAAUCAUAACUAACACAAACGAUAGAAUUGGAUUCGAUAAAGACCAUAGAAAUGAUGUUUAUCCUGCAUCAGAUCUGUCUUUAACAAAUAUUCUCUCUACCAAUGACAACCGUUAUGAUAACCACAUUAGCACGGAGGCUGAUGUAGCGUCCAAGACAGGACAAAAGAAAUUAAAAGCAACAAAAUUAAGUCUUAACAAAAAAUUGUCGGAUCUCAAAAAUAAACUAGAGAUUAGCGAAAAUAAUAACCGGCAUUUACUCGAAACUAAAGAAACCCUUAAAAACCAUAUUGAACUAAUGGAAGGACUCGUUAAAAAGAGAAAUGAUGCUGAUGUUGCAUCAGAUCUGUUUUCAACAAAUAAUUUCUCCUGGUCAAUAAUUGAUGAAUAA